GGGGCCGCCUCUGGCCCAGCAUAAAUCCCCUGGGCUGAGCGGGCCCCGCCAGUGCGCUGCGCUCCGGCCAUGGAGUGGGCCGCGCUGCUCCUGCUGCCGCUGGCGCUCUGCGCGCUGCUCUACCUGCUGGGCCGCUGGCUGCUCGGCCUGGACGGCGACCUCACCCUGCUGUGGGCGGAGUGGCGGGGCAAGAGGCCAGAAAAUGAACUGCCUGACAAGGUCGUCUGGGUGACUGGAGCCUCAAGUGGAAUUGGAGAAGAGUUAGCUUACCAGCUGGCAAAGAUAGGGGCUCUAAUUGUGCUUUCCGCAAGAAGAGAGAAUGAAUUGGAAAGGGUGAAAGAGAAGUGUCUUGAGAUCUCCAGCUUGAGCAGUAAAGAUAUCCUUGUUUUGCCCCUUGAUCUGACUGACAGAAACUCCCAUGAAGCUGCAACUAAAACCGUGCUUCAGCAUUUUGGCAGAAUUGACAUUUUGGUGAACAAUGGUGGACGUUCCCAGCGCUCCCUGUUUGUGGAUACAAAGGUGGAAGUCUAUGCUGCCAUAAUGGAACUUAAUUACCUGGGUACAGUCUCCUUAACUAAACAUGUCCUGAAUCACAUGGUCCAAAGGGAGAAAGGGAAGAUUGUAACUAUGAGCAGUGUAAUGGGCAUCAUGGGAGCCCCCCUUGCCACAGGAUAUUGUGCCAGCAAGCAUGCCCUCCAGGGUUUCUUUAAUUCUCUUCGGCCUGAACUUGGUGAAUACCCAGAGAUAAUCAUUACCACCAUCUGUCCAGGACCUGUCCAGUCCAAAAUUAUACACAAUGUCUUUACUGAAGAACUCUCAAAGUCACUAGAAAACACCGGUGAUCAGUCCCACAAAAUGCCAACUGAUCGUUGCGUUCGGCUUACAUUGGUCAGCAUAGUAAAUGAUCUGAAAGAAGCCUGGAUCAGUGAUCACCCAUAUCUAGCAAUCUGCUACCUUUGGCAAUAUGCACCCACCUGGGCAUGGUGGCUUCUGAACAAGAUGGGCAAAAUAAGAAUAAAAAACUUCAAGAGUGGAGUGGAUGCUGAUGUCUCCUAUUCUAAAAAGAAGAAAGCUUGAAGAGAAACCUGCACAGAACCCCACUAAACCAAAGCAUCUGAGGGGUAGCCAUGUUAGUCUGGAUCUGUAAAAGCAGCAAAGAAUUCUGUGGCAGAUGCAUGUCACCCACGAAAGCUCAUGCUCCAAAACAUCUGUUAGUCUAUAAGGUGCCACAGGAUUCUAAACCAAAGCAGUAGCUAUAGCUGGGGGAGUUCUGUCCUCUAUUAAUCUUUGCAAGUUAAGGCCUUUAUAUUUUUAAUUAUUCCUUACAUUUUUGCUAUCAUGUAACCUGACAAAUGCAACUUAAUGUGACUGUAAGAACAUUUCUUGAAUAAAAAAGCAUGUCUGUAAACAUA